UGUUACGACUUACACAGUGUUCAUAUGUAGUGUUUAGUGUUUUCAUUACCGCUUCAGACGUUUGUGUUUACCUACUAAUAAUUUCCAAGUUCAAGCAAUCGAGUGCGAAAUUUCAUUCGUCGAGUGAAGUUUUUAUGUUGUGUUAAAUGUUACCAAAAUGUGUACCACGUUGUUGAGUAAAGACUUACCUGAUAUUGAGGCAAUUUUGUCUCUGAAUCCGAGAAUUAAACCAGUUGCAAAUAUUCAGCCAACCAUUUUGACCAAAAACGAGAAAAUCAAAUGGAAACGAAAUACUGGUAAAUCGUGCAAUAAAAGUCACUCGUUGUAUAAGAAUUUUGACGAUGUGAAGCAUACCACAUUAAGCGAACGUGGAGCUUUGAAGGAAGCCUCAAGAUGUUUAAAGUGUGCAGAUGCUCCUUGUCAAAAAUCCUGUCCUACUCAAAUCGAUAUCAAGAGUUUCAUCACGAGCAUAUCUAAUAAAAAUUAUUACGGAGCUGCCAAGGCCAUAUUCUCGGAUAAUCCAUUAGGUCUAACCUGCGGUAUGGUGUGUCCCACGAGUGAUCUCUGUGUUGGUGGUUGUAAUCUGGCUGCUACCGAAGAAGGUCCCAUAAACAUUGGUGGUUUGCAACAAUUCGCAACGGAAAUUUUCAAAAAAAUGAAUAUUCCUCAAAUACGCGAACCUGGAUUACCACUGCCUCAACAUCAUGAUACGAAAAUCGCUUUGAUCGGUGCUGGGCCAGCUUCGUUAUCAUGCAGUACUUUUUUAGCCAGACUAGGAUACACGAAUUUGACGAUUUUUGAAAAACAGUCGUAUUUAGGAGGAUUGAGUUCUUCAGAAAUACCUCAGUAUCGUUUACCAAUCGAUGCAGUCAACUUUGAAAUCCAAUUGGUGAAAGAUCUAGGAGUAAAAUUCAUCACAGGAACACCUCUGUCAAAGGAUCACUUGACUAUUAAUAAAUUGAAAACAGAAGGAUAUAAAGUUAUAUUCAUCGGAAUAGGUCACCCCGAAGCUAAUGUAAUCCCUAUAUUCAGAGGUCUAACUCAAGAAAUGGGUUUCUACACAUCAAAAUCGUUCCUACCUCGAGUAUCAGCUGGAAGCAAACCAGGCAUUUGCAGCAAUUGCAAUUGUUCUAGUUUACCUCAGCUACAUGGAAAUGUGGUUGUUUUGGGAGCUGGAGAUACAGCUUUUGAUUGUGCCACUUCAGCAUUGCGAUGUGGAGCAAAAAAAGUAUUCGUUGUUUUUCGAAGAGGAUUUACCAAUAUUAGAGCUGUCCCGGAAGAGAUGCAAUUGGCAGUAGAAGAGAAAUGCGAAUUUAUCCCAUUCCAGUCACCUAAAAGCGUGCAAACAAAUGGUGGAAAAAUCACAGGCAUAACAUUCUGGAGAAACGAACAACAAGAUGAUGGAUCAUGGAAAGAAGAUUCUGAACAAGUUCUCAAGAUGAAAGCAAACUUCAUUAUUUCUGCAUUUGGUUCUGGUCUUUAUGAUGAAGAAGUAAUUGAGGUUCUCAAUCCGAUCAAAUUCAAUGAUUCUGGAUACCCAAUUGUUGACUUGAAAACAAUGCAGACAACCGAUCCUGAUGUCUUCUGCGGAGGUGACUUUGCCGGAAUCGCUGAAACUACUGUAGAAUCAGUAAAUGAUGGCAAAACUGCUGCUUGGUCGAUUCAUCAGAGAAUUCAAUUUUUUUUCCAGAAUUUACACAAUCUAAAUGUAGAUCCAAUACCUAAACUACCAAAAUUCUACACUCCUAUCGACGAAGUUGAUAUAAGCGUUGAAAUGUGCGGAUUGAAAUUUGAAAAUCCGUUCGGUUUAGCUUCAGCACCUCCUACUACUUCUAGUGCCAUGAUUAGAAGAGCCUUCGAAGCAGGUUGGGGAUUUGUUGUAACAAAAACAUUCUCAUUAUAUAAAGAUAUCGUCACAAACGUAUCUCCAAGAAUUAUACGAGGUACAACAUCACGUCAUUUAUACGGACCCGAGCAAGGAUCAUUCCUAAAUAUAGAACUGAUCUCUGAAAAGACUGAUUUAUACUGGAUCCAAAGUAUACGCGAGUUGAAAACCGAUUUCCCCACUAAGGUUCUCAUUGCGAGUAUCAUGUGUUCGUACAAUCGAGAAGACUGGACAAAGCUUAGCCAGAUGGCUGAAUCUGCAGGAGCUGAUGCUUUAGAAUUGAAUUUGUCUUGUCCUCAUGGGAUGGGAGAAUCUGGAAUGGGCCUUGCUUGUGGACAGGAUCCUAACCUGGUUCGUGAUAUUUCAUCUUGGGUACGAGCAGCGGUGAAAAUUCCAGUAUUCAUUAAACUUACCCCGAAUAUCACAGAUGUUGUGUCAAUAGCCAGAGCAGCCUAUGAAGGCAAAGCUGACGGUGUAGCUGCUAUAAACACGAUCUCAGGAUUAAUGGGCCUGAACUCAAAAGGAGAACCAUGGCCUGCCGUUGGUACUGAUAAGUUAACAACAUAUGGCGGUGUAUCAGGUAAUGCAACUCGACCAGUAGGUCUUCGAGCAGUAUCUUCUGUUGCCAAAGCGUUGCCAGGGUUCGCCAUCAUGGGCAUUGGAGGCAUUGACUCGGCUGAUGUAGGGCUGCAAUUUUUACAAUGCGGUGCUUCCGUUCUACAAGUUUGCAGCGCUGUGCAAAACCAAGAUUUCACCGUCGUCGAUGAUUAUAUUACCGGAUUAAAAACACUUUUGCAUUUGAAAAAUAUUAAACGUCUGCGAGAUUGGGAUGGCCAGUCACCUCCGACACCGGUACAUCAAAUGGGGAAACCUGCAUAUUCGAUAAGAAAUGAUCAAAAUAAGACUUUGCCAAAUUUUGGAGAAUAUUUGCAAGUCAAGAAAGAAACCGUGGCUAAAAUUAAACAAAGCGAAGAUCUGUUGAAUAACAUCGAACAAAUUCAACGAGACAAUGAACCGGUCCAAGCUCUCAAAGUUAAAGAUGUAAUUGGAGAAGGACUCAAACAUAUUGGCACAUAUAAAAAUUUAGAUAAUAAAAAACAAGUCGUAGCUUUGAUAAAUGAUGACAUGUGCAUAAACUGUGGGAAGUGUUAUUUGACCUGCAAUGAUUCUGGUUAUCAGGCGAUAACUUUCGAUCAUGAAACACAUAUUCCUUAUGUAACUGAUGCCUGUACUGGAUGCACUCUUUGUUUGUCAGUGUGUCCAAUAAUUGAUUGUAUAAGCAUGGUUGAGAAAACCAAGCCACAUGUGAUUAAAAGAGGCGUUGAAUAUGAUCAAGAAUGUUCCUCAGCAAACAUCUCUAUCGUACAGUGAGCAGUAAACUUUGAAGAUACCAGCAAUAUUAUUGGAUUGGAGCUCAUCAUGGCUCAUCAAAAACCUAAUUUUAUUUUAUUUUAUUAUUAUUAUUUUUUUAUAGAAAAAAAUAAUGUAUCUAGUACGCAGAUAAUUGUUCAUUUUGUUAUUCCUAAAAUAAACAAAUAAUGUAUUA